UUUACGCAAAGGUAGUAUAGUGACUGUUAGUCUCUCGAGCAGUUCUAUUUGAAGUAUCUGAAAAACUUAUUAGCAGUUCAAAAAAAUGAAAUCCGUUUUCGUACUAUUGGCAAUUGUUGCCUUUGCAACAGCCACACAAGUUGUCGAUCCAUUUGCUGAUCGUUCAAUCUCAAGUGCCGUUGUUGAUGUCAUCGAAGGUUUGCGUGAUCAAAUGCCAUGUGGUUUCCCUGGUCUUGGAAUUCCACCACUAGCUCCACUCAAAAUCCCGCACAAGGAAAUCAAUAUCGACCACCCUGCCUUCAGUUUGCACGGUUUUGUUGAUAGCUUCCGUUUGAAUGGCUUGAAUGAUUUCGAUAUCAAUGAAAUGAAAGUUAAUGCCAUCACAAGCAAAGUUACUUUCCGUUUCAUCUUCAAUAAUGUCAAUGUUGAUACCUUGUACGAUUUCCGUCUAAUGAUGAAAAAAGCUGGUUUCACAAUUAACAUGGUUGGUGCUGGUCCAGCUAAAUUCGCUAUUAAGGAUAUGCAUAUUUUCGGUACAUUGAAAUAUUCUUUGGGUGUUUUGAGCGGUAAAUUGAAGGUUAAGUCUUUGGAUGUACGUACCCACAUUGGUGAUGUUGAAUCUGAUAUUGAGGGUAUCUUGGGUGAUGGUACAGUCAAUCACAAAAUGAACGACAUUUUGGCUGAAGCUGUCGAACUUGCUGUCAAUGAAAAUGAAAAUAUGAUCGCUGAAACUAUUGAAACUGUUGCCUUGCCAAUGAUCAACGAUGUUUUGGAUGAUAUGACUUUAGCUGAUAUGGUUGGCAGCAUUGGCGGUGGUGAGGAUGGUGAAAAACAAGCUUGCAUUCCCCCAGAAGCCUAAUUUAUUUUAGAUUUUGUAUAUUUUGAUGCAAUAAGAAAAAUAAUUUUUCAAAUGACAAAAUAAA